GCGUGCGCGCGCUCGCCAGUGGCCGUCCACUCGUGGCCCAGUCAGUGGUGCUCGCGCCCAGUGUCCGGUCGUCCAGUGCUCCGCUCCGAGGCAUCGGUGGUGGUUUGUGCGGGGUCUGUCUGGUAAUGCGGUGCUCUUUUGCCUUCGGCCAAUGAUGGUGUGGUGCGUGCCGCCCUGGUGGUGGCGAAAUCGGCGGCGUUCGAGCCGGCCCGCCUGUUUGUCUUCGUGUUUGUCCUGCUGGUCACUGUCGUUCGAGCCGAUGGCUCCCCGCGGUCCCACCACCUUCGGACGUGCUUCGACCACUUCGUGAAGCGGCCGUCUCGUCCCCCGUCUUGUGAGUCAGCGCCUGCUGUGGGAGGCUUGCUUGGUCGACUCCGGAGAGAUGCCGUCGGGCUGGAGCGAACUUGCGCUCCAAUGCGUCAGCGGUGGCGGCAUCUGCUCGGUGACGGAAGGCAUGGAGAACCUGCGCGCCCAGAACCCAACCGUCUCAUCCCCCGCCAGCGUCCGCAUCAAGAACAUGCCGCGGAACGCCGAGACCGGGACGCGGUUCCCCAAGCUUGGAGAAUGUGCCCACUUCCACUACGACAUGAUGGACCUGGGGAUAGUCCAGAUGUCCCUGGUGGAAUGGAGCGCCGCCGGGCGAGGCCACGACGAGGCGGACAAGGAGAAUCGCGAGCAGCCCGCCAAUCAGCAGCAGCCGUCGCAGACUCAGCUGCAACAGCAGGCUCAGCACCAGCAGCAGCAGCAGCAGCAGCAGCAGUUGCAACAACAGGCCAGCAACGAGAGCUGCUGCAGUGGCGGUGGCGGCACGGCUCCCGCUGCAACCUGGUGGGCGGUCCAGGUGACGAGCCGCGAGCGGAGCUGGACGCUGCGGCGCUCGUACGACAACUUCCGGUUGCUGGAUGAGCAGCUGCACCGGUGCGUCUACGACCGGCAGCACUCGCGCCUCCCGGAGCUGCCGGACCCCGCCGACCUGCCGCAGGAGCCGCAGGAUCGAGAGGUGCUCGUGCGGGAGCUGCUGUCGGACUACCUGUGCCGCUUCUCGUGCCUGGUGGGCAACCUGGUGAGCUGCGGCUCGGUGCUCAACUGGCUCGAGCUCGACAACCGCGGUCACCGGCUGCUGGUGACGGACGAGUCGGCCAUCAACACGCCCGCCGUGGCCGCCGCCUACGUGACGCGCAGCUACGCAGCCCAGGCGCCCGAUGAGAUCUCCUUCCAGGUUGGAGACAUGGUAUCAGUGAUUGAUAUGCCCCCUGCAGAUGAGUCGAUGUGGUGGCGUGGAAAACGAGGCUUUGAGGUUGGCUUCUUCCCAAGUGAGUGCGUGCAAGUGAUCGGCGACAAAAUUCCUCACAACCUGAAGAUUCCCACAAAGCCAGUGUUGCGGAAGCACGGCAAGUUGAUUGCCUUCUUCCGGUCGUUCCUGCUGUCGCGGCCCUCGCGGAGGAAACUCAAGCAAAGUGGGAUCUUGAGGGAGCGGGUCUUUGGCUGUGAUCUUGGCGAGCACCUCACCAACACUGGCAGAGAUGUGCCCUUGGUGCUGUCAAGUUGUGCCAAAUUCAUUGAACAGUUUGGGAUCGUGGAUGGCAUUUAUAGAUUGUCUGGCGUGACAUCCAAUAUCCAGAGGCUAAGGGUAACCUUUGAUGAAGACAGAGUGCCAGACUUGAAUGAGGAGGAGAUCCGUCAAGACAUACACUGCGUGGCCUCUCUGCUGAAGAUGUAUUUUCGAGAACUGCCUAACCCACUACUUACGUACCAACUUUACGACAAGUUUGUUGCGGCCAUGCAGCUUCAAGGCAACAACCAGCUUCUGCGCAUCCGGGAGGUGGUGAAGGAGCUGCCACCGCCCCACUACCGCACGCUGGAGACACUGGUGCGCCACCUGGCCGUGGUGGCCGCUCAUGGAGACCGCACGGGCAUGACAGCCAAGAACGUCGCCAUCGUCUGGGCACCCAACCUGCUCAGGUCCAAGGAUCUGGAGGUGGCAAGUGUUGGUGCCCUGCACGUCAUAGGUGUCCAGGCGGUGCUGACCGAGUACCUCAUCUGCUAUGUCGAUCUCAUCUUCAACGACAAGAUGCCGACCUAUCCAAGCAGCCCCGAAUCUGUAGAGAGCACUCCUAGAAGGGGCAGCAGGCCCAAGUCUCUGGCCAUCUCCACCCCAACCAAGCUGCUGUCGCUAGAAGAGGCCCGCUCACGAGCACUGUCCUCAAACCUGCCUGGAAAUCCACAGCAAAAGUACAUAGACGUUGGUGGUGGACCGGAUAGUCUGCCAGCGAAGUACCACACAGUCAUUGAGCUACCCCAUGGGAAACGAGGCAGUGGCAAACUGAAGAAGUCCCCGCUGGGAUGGAAAUCGUUCUUUGCGCGUGGCUGGCACUCUGGAAGCACCAGGGAGAAGGACAAGCAUGGACCAGGUCUGCGUAAAGCCAGCACUGGAUCGCUACCUCACCACCAGAGCCUGCCUAUACAGGACAAAGCACUUACAGAGGCCGACCUCACACACAGUGCAUCCAAGCAGCUUAGGAGUGUCAAGAGCGCAGAGUCUCUCAUCUCUAGCGGUGGACAUUCGGGCCGAAACUCUGAUGUCCUGGACUCCUGCAAUUCGUCUUCAGAUGCCUCGAGAGUGCAGCCGUUCCAGUGGCUCCCCGAAGGCACGCCUGCCUCCUCACCAAGUGGUCCGCACAAGCACGUGCGCUCUGUCUCACACGACUCUUACUUUGAGCGGGGUGGCCUGGACAUGUCUCUGGAGGACGUACAUGCCGCGCUCGGGCUCAGUUCUCAGUACGGCGGUGCUCGAGUCGACAGGGUAGCAAACAGCCAGACCGCCCCACCAGUUGGCCCGCACAAGUCGCCUCGGAAGCAGAAGCUCUGUCCCGACAGUGGUGACGGUGCCAGCCCCAAGGUGCAACGGCUCAGCGAUUGCUCACAGGCCCCCACAUUCCACUCUAGUCAGGAAGCCACUGUAGAAGCCACGUGCACCAGCAUGGACACGGCUCCUUCUGGCCACCAUGCCUCCUCUCAUCCCCAGCUUCCAACAUUUGCGACAGCUUCCCACGAACAGGCAGCGGACGUACGACAGCAAUCGAGUCGCUCCCUGACCCCCUACACGAGCCGACAACCAAUGGCUGUGCACAGCCCCGACGAUAUUGAACCGUACACGUCUCCGUCUCCGCAAGAAUUCUCACAGCCACCGAGCCACUUUGGGAAUGUUGACGUACCCCCACCUCACCUUAGCAAUGAGAAGAUGGUCCUGGUAGAAGUUCAUGCUGCCGACGAAGGUGGUGACUCAACCCAAGAAAUUAUUGAUGGUGGGCUUGUCUUUCAUCGCCCUUUCGUUGAAGAUGUGGGUGAGACGGAUGGUCGGUGCGAGAGUACGGGCGGUUCAACCGACUUCGACGAAUCCGAAAGCAACGUGGGGACGAGUUUGUCCCUUGCCGAGGACAUUGCAACUUCUCUCAAGAUGAGCUGCUGCCAGUUUGACACAGACUUCCUGGUUGGUGACACCCGCGCCACAAGCCUCGAAACAAGCUUUCUUAACCGUAUGAGUGCCUCGCUUCCGUACAUUGAGGACACUGACACAUCAGCAUCACCCUUGUCAUCGCCUUGUGCUGGAUGCGAGCUGCUUCCCCAGGAUAUGUCAACCACAAGGUCAACACCAUCGCCCGUCGACGUGCAGCAGAGUGAUGCUUGUGACGUCAACAGCAGUGAACACAUGAGCUCGUCCUUUGUGGCGGCUUCAGUUGUCGACGAGAGUCUCGAGACCCCCGUGUCUGUGAUGCCAGAGGACGAUGGCCUUCGGACGUUUUCGGACAGUGAACUCCAUGGCCUGUGCGGAGGUGUUGACAUGGUUCAGAGAGUCGAGGCUUUGAACAGCAGUGUUGUUCCUGCUGCUGGAGAGGGCAGUGCUGUUGGACAGAGUUCCUCUUCAGAUGAGGAGGAGGAUAAUGAGGAAGCUAUGCCAUACUCUUACUUAGAUGAGAGCCCAUUGUUGAGUGAUGCUUGUGGUGGCAUGCUGCAUUCUCAAAGCCAGGACCAGAACCUUUGUCUUCUUUCUCCUCAGGAGCCUACAGCUGUUGAGGAUGAGAGAGAGGUUCCAGGUCAAACUGAGAUGAGUGAUAUGGCCCAGGAAAUGCUGGGCUCAUCUGAAGAAUGCAGGAUGCAGGUAGAGCCUUGUGUUAUGGAACUAGCACCUAUGUUGUGUGACACUGGUGCAGACACAGGGCAGGCAGUGCCUGGGGAUAUGGAAGACGCGCUAUUAGAUUUCAGUAGCGACUGUAGUGAAGGACCAAAAAACAUUUGCGAUCAGGGCUCACCUGACAAUGGGAAGAAUUCUCUACUUAAUUCUAGUCCUGAAAUAUCACUUAAUUCUACUUGCUUACCUGACCAUGAUCUUGUGGCAGGCUCCAAUUUGGAAAGUGCUGCUGCCUACGAUUUGUCAAAGCGCCUCAGUACCACUGACGAGAGCGAGACUAAUUCAUUUAACCAAGGAACUGUAGUCUCCGAUGAAUUAGCUGUGGAAUUUAGUCAUAACAAAGGUGACGAUGCUGACAACAAGCAGGAAGUAGCACUGCUUGAUAACGUUGGUAAGCCGGUUGUCGAUAUUGCUGCGUCGAAUGAGUCAAAACAACUCAUUGACUUCAGCGAUGAUGAGGUGCAGCUCAGAUCAUCACCACGACAAGUAAGAGUGGUUGAAGCAAAGCGAAAGUCUGAAAUGGCAAAAUCUAAUGGUGCAGUUGUAGAUACUGACAGGAAGCGCUUAUCAGAACCGCCACACUAUUCACGUUCAGAGAAACGAGGCUCUGUAAAGGAACUCAUGUCAAAGUUUGAAUCAAGCGAUGCGCAUGGCACUGCAGACUUAAGUCCCUCAAAAACUUGCCAGCCAAGCCUCUUUACACAGCUUAAGGUUAUGCGGCUGCAGUCACUUAAAAACCCAUCAUCUCCUUCUGCCAAUUACGAUCCAUGGUCCGAUCCUAUUCUUGACCAAGAGGAUCAAGAGGAGAGGCUGUGCUGCACUGAGGAAGUUUCAAGUGCUAGCACAGUCCCCAAGAGUAACAAACUUCAUGAAGAUGUGGGACCAGUACACACAACUCAGCCUUCAGCUUCAGAACCACAGGCCACUAACACUACCGCGGAGAUUGCUUUGGACGUUACCGUAACGGAUGGCACAAGACCUUCCACGCUUGAAUUGCGGAAGGUCAACGUACCAACUCAGGCCAUUGAGCCACAGAGAACUGACCCUGUCGUGACCAAACCUGAAGCAACACGCAGUGCUUCAGUGCCGGCCGUCGAGAGCGAGGUGAGUCGCAGGCGGAUCGAAAAGAUAAAAGAAGAGCGCCGUGCUCAACUGAGGGAGAAGCUCAAGUCUGAGGGCUGCCGCUCCCAUUCGGACGAGGCAGUCACAACCAAAGCAGAAGUGAAGCUCAGGCGGACUUCGGAAGAUGUCGCACUGUGGAACGUGGAUGUUGUCCCGCUUCGGCAAGCAAAUCGCGAGAACGAGCGACAUCAGCUGUCCAGUGUCAGGAGCUGGCCAAAGCAGACGACUCCAGGGGACCAGAGGAGACGAGACAGCGCGAAACAAGCCAGCAUCGACAUCGCAGACAAGAAGCCACCGCCUGGCAGAACCUCGCCUGUCAAGACAUCACCCGUUAAGAGUUCGCCAACGAAGACCUCGCCUCUUAAGUCAUCGCCUGUCAAGUCACAGCCCACGAGGUCACCGGCCCAGCAGGCAGAAACCAUCGUGCGAAAGCAGGACCUUUCCCCGCCAAAACGGAUCCGCGACAGGGCGGCCAUGUUUGAGUGUCGCAGCCAGAAGGAGCAGGCACGCCCGCCACCUCAGCGACUCGCCCGUGCAGAUCUUUCUUCGUUCUAAAGUACUGGCCAUCAUUCCACAGCGCCUGCUGCAUGUUGCUUUCUGGAGUCCUUUUUUAUUGCUAUUCACCUUCUAUCGGGCGAAAAAGCACCUUCGUUUAUAGGUUCCCACUGUUUCUGCGAGUGAGUGUUGAGGAAAAUGCUUGGUGCUACUUUGCCGCAGUCUUGUUCUGCAUGUAUAUUGUGGGGCACCAUAUUGUUAUUAUUGCGAUCAUUGACAGCAUUUGGCAAACCUCUUUUCGUUGCAAGAGAGUGGAUGGUAGAAAUCACGCUGUGCAUUCUCAUUAAUGACGAACAAAAAUUAGGGACCCUUCCAUUACGCGCAAAACUUUGCCAGUUUCUCACUAAGGGCUUGAACAUUCUACCUGUCUUGCGAACUUAAAACAGCUUCCAUCUAAAAAGCCAAAGUAUGCGUAGUGACAAAGGCAGGGAGUGAGAACUCCUUACUUUUACCUUUUUAUUUUCAGUGCUUUUUUUUUACUUUUAGGGAGUUCACUUUGUUUAUUUACUUUCAUUGAAUGCUGUGUACAUACUUGUUGCUGGUUUUUAUGCUGUAAUAAGAUUUAUAUAUAUAUUAUAGAUAUAUACAUAUGAACAUUUAUGAGAAAAAAUAUAUAUGUAUGUGGCAUCAUCAUAACAACAUGCUUGUGGCCUGCUUUCUUUUAUAAGCAAUAUUUAUGCAUAAUUCAAAUGCAAAUCAUUGUAGUGACAUGGGGCUUCAUUAGGUAUGGGAGAGGAUUUCUCCACUACCGAUAUGUGGGAGCAAAUGCAUACGUUGACAUUGUCAUGCAUUUGCAUGAACAGUAAGUAAAGUUAAAUAAAAAGCUCUGCAGAUUAGUUUGUAGCAGUGACAAAAA